AUGUAUGUCCGAAAAGUUUUAUUACGGAAGUGUCUUCGCCAUGAACUUGACGUAUUCAUAAAUCGUUGUUCGCAACCAUCAAGAAGUUUAAUAAUACCUAAACAUCAACAUUCACGUUCAUUUUCAUUAUCAAAUAGUGUAUCUACACGAUCCGGAAAUAAUUCGUACACAAUACGUGGCCUAGGACAAAGUUCAAAAGGUGGAAAUGAUGGUUCCGGAAAAUUAACAUUUCUUUGCCCAAAAUGUGGUAAUAUUUGCACACACAUGGCAAAUCUUGUUUCUUCAGCAAGAUUUAUAAAAUGCGAAAAAUGUAGUCACUUCUUCGUUGUUUUAUCUGAAACUGAAGAAGCAAAAACAGUUAAAGAAGAUAAAACUAAAAAGCGACAGCCACUGCCAACACCAAAAAAGAUAUAUGAAUUUCUCAAUAAAUAUGUAGUCGGCCAAGAGCAAGCGAAAAAAGUCAUGUCGGUUGCUGUUUAUAAUCAUUAUAAACGGCUGCAUAAUAAUCUACCAGAAACAAAUACCACUAAAUCUUCAGAAACUACAUCUGAACCAGCAGAUGGUGGGAUUUCAAAUCUGUCUAACCAACAAAAACAACGUUUUAUUCUUAAUGUGGGUAUACCGUUUUACACAGUACCAUAUGAUGCUACAAAUAAUAAUCCCUCGCGAAAUUCAAAGAACAACGAAGAGCCAAAGCAUGGAAGUCAUGUGAUAGGUGAUGAGAAGUUCGAUAUACAACUUGAAAAAAGUAAUAUCCUUAUGCUUGGUCCAACUGGCUCAGGUAAAACAUUACUUGCACAAACCAUUGCGAAAUGUCUUGAUGUACCAUUUGCUAUUUGUGAUUGUACAACACUUACGCAAGCAGGUUAUGUCGGAGACGAUGUCGAAUCUGUUGUUUCAAAAUUACUUCAAGAGGCCAACUAUAACGUUGAACGAUGUCAACAAGGUAUUAUAUUCUUGGAUGAAGUCGAUAAAAUUGGUAGUGUACCAGGUAUUCAUCAACUUCGCGAUGUUGGUGGUGAAGGUGUACAACAAGCUUUAUUGAAAAUGCUUGAAGGCACUAUCGUUAAUGUUCCGGAAAAAAAUUCGAAAAAGAUGCGCAGUGAAACAAUACAAGUUGAUACAACAAACAUCUUAUUUGUUGCAUCAGGUGCAUACACAGGUUUAGAUAAAAUAAUAAGUCGGCGUAAAAAAGAAAAAUAUAUUGGUUUUGGUACAACGACGCCAAAUGAAGCCCCAUCUCGUCGUCGUGCUACGCAAUUAGAUUUACAUGAACAAAAUAAUGAUAAUGAUUCAAAAAUUGAAGAAGAAAAUUUAGAACGGGAUAGAUAUUUGCAAGAAUGUGAAGCUCAUGACUUAAUCGAAUUCGGAAUGAUUCCAGAAUUUAUCGGAAGAUUACCGAUCAUAGUUCCAUUUCAUAGUUUAAAUGAAGAUAUGCUUGUUAGAAUAUUAACUGAACCUCGAAACGCAUACAUACCACAAUAUCAAACUCUGUUUAAAAUGGAUAAGGUUCAAUUGGAUUUUACCGACGGUGCUCUCCGUGCAGUUGCUAAAAAAGCUUUACAACGAAGAACUGGUGCUCGUGGUCUUCGUUCAAUACUAGAAAGCAUUUUACUUGAACCAAUGUUCGAUAUUCCCGAAUCAGAUAUCGUCGGUGUUCAAGUGGAUGAAGAAGCUGUUAAAACCAAUAAAUGUGCCCAAUAUAUUCGUUCGCAUCAAGCAACAUCCCCUGAUGAUAUAAAUACAAAUUCUUCAGCGUCAAUUGAAAUUAAGAAUACAGAUGAUAAUGAUAAUAAAAUUUCCAUGCCAACCGGUUAG